GGGGGGGAGAGCCGUGCUGAGGCGAGAGAGAGAGAGAGAGGGAGGCGGUUGGAGCGCACACGCGCUACGGCCGCUGCCCCCAAAAUGCACUCGGAUGCCGCGGUUGUCAAUUUUCAGCUGAACUCUCAUCUAUCAACACUGGCAAAUAUUCACAAGAUUUACCAUACCCUUAAUAGGCUGAAUUUGACGGAAGAUACUAGUCAAGACGAUAACCAAACAGGAAACCUGAGAUCUUGCAGUUCAUCAGACAGCUUUAGCAAAGUGAUGCCUCCAAGAAAAAAAAGGCGACCUACAACAGGAGAUGAUCUGACAGCUAAAAAAAGUAGACAUGAUGGCGUAUACAGAAAAUACGAUUCUACCAGAAUAAGGUCAGAAGAUGAUAUGUUUUCAAGUAAAAGGUGUUUAGAGUGGUUCUAUGAAUAUGCAGGAAAAGAUGAUGUUGUGGGUCCUGAAGGAAUGGAGAAGUUCUGUGAGGACAUAGGGGUUGAGCCAGAAAACGUAGCCAUGCUUGUGUUGGCUUGGAAAUUGGAUGCUCAGAAUAUGGGCUAUUUUACAUUGCAAGAAUGGCUAAAAGGAAUGACAUCCCUGCAGUGUGACACAACAGAGAAGCUAAGAAAUUCUUUGGAUUACUUGAGAUCUUUAUUAAACGAGCCUAUGAAUUUUAAGCUUAUUUAUAGAUAUGCGUUUGACUUCGCACGUGAAAAAGAUCAGCGAAGCCUAGAUAUGAAUACUGCCAAGUGUAUGCUAGGACUCCUCUUAGGAAAAACAUGGCCCCUCUUUCCAGUAUUUCAUCAGUUCUUAGAGCAAUCUAAGUACAAAGUUAUCAACAAGGACCAAUGGUGCAAUGUUCUGGAAUUCAGUCGAUCCAUUAAUCUUGACCUCAGCAAUUAUGACGAAGAUGGAGCAUGGCCAGUGUUGCUGGAUGAAUUUGUGGAGUGGUAUAAAGAGAAACAAAUGACAUAGGAAUUUUAACUAUGCACAGCUGCUCAAGAGCCUUUGUUACUACAGUUAAUGUCAACCAUUAGCCAUAAACUUCUCUUUGUAUAUAAAGCGCAUGCUGCUUUUCCUGCACUGUAUCCCAUUUUCAGGGAUUUUUUUUUUUUGGGGUGUUUGCUGUUUAACAGGCCAGCUCUGCUUGCUGUGUACCAUUGUUCUCUCCAAAAAGGCUGCUUUGCGUUUUGUCUCUACACUACAGAUGGUGAACUUGCCAGCAUCCUCACUGUGACUAAUGUGAAUAUUGCUGUCUAAACUUUGUAUAUGUGUAUAAAAAAAAAAAAGCUUCAUCUAGGAAUGUUUUCAGCAGGAAAGGUAUUAUAAAAAAUAAUUUUGUCGCAUUCAAGUAACCACGUAACUUAAUUUUUAAUUGACUGGGCCUCCGGCAUAGCAUUUCAGGGAAAGUGAUUGGGGGGGGAGGGGGUUUGCCUACGUAGAACUAUUGCUAGUUAGUAAUAGUUGUUUUAGGAUGCCAGUUUUUGAAGGAAAAUCUUGAAAGUAGGGUUUCCUUGGCAGUGUCCAGCUUUGUUUUUAUUUAAGAAGCAAUUAUUGGUUACCAUUUUAAUUGAAACUCUUUAAUCAAUUGUUACAGCUUGAACAGAGUUGUACAUGCCAUAGUAACUUCCAUAUGGCAAUAAUGCUAAUUUUCUCAUAGUCAGAUGCUGUAGUUUGCUAAGAGGUACAGAUUAUCUAAUUAAACAUCUGAUUAAAAAAGGGUUUUAGACUUGUAACAUGGCAUAUUCUUUUAUUUUAUUGUUAUUCUUGUUCCCAGAGUGUUUUGAUGAUCUGGAUAAAGACAGAAUGAAGUCUUGUUUCAAAACACAGCCUAAAUGUAUGAAUGUAUUUCAGAAACUGGAAUCAAAGCUUAGCCUGAAAACUCGGCAUGGCUGCGUUUAUAUUCCAGGUAUUGAAUUUCCCAGCAAAAUGCCAAUUACGAGCAACAUCUACUCUAAUCAAAGCAGCAUCAUUAUUUAUUUGGAAUCAUUUUUUAUCUGUUUGGACUGGGAAGUUCAAAGAAGUAGAUGAAUGAAGUAAAACUUUCUGUCUCACCUUUUCAUCAGUCUUCAUAAUACAGUUCAAUGUACAUUUCUAUAAUUUUUUUUUUUUUACUAAGGUAGCUAUAGA